UUUUUAUACGAAAAUCCAAGUUCCACUUCUGUCAUCUACCGAUCGAUUAUGGAACUAACUCAUUUUCUCUUUCAAGCUGAUCGAUAUUCGGCUGACUGACUGAGGAAAUUCUCUUAGUUGAAUUCAACCUCAAUCUUUUCUCAUCAAGGUUUUCGAUUUAUUUGGUUUUUGGUGGUGUUUUCUUUGAUCCCUCGUUGUUGAUUUACUAUGUGGUGGUCGGUUCUUCCUUCCGUUGGUCUUACUGGAAUUUUUGGACUAUCUCCAAUUAUUAUUGGUCCAUUGUGUAAAUGGGAGAAAUUUGGUAUUCCAAGGGACAGGGUAAUCUGGUUCAUCCAGGAUACGGCCCUCAUGAGAAGAGAUAAAAGAUUAUGUCCAAUUCCUGGAAAAAUCUAUCACAAUACAACCAGAUUCUUUGACAAUGAACAUCUUCCCAUUGAACCUAAAUAGUUUUAUCUUCUCUUGUCAUUCUAAAUUCAAGAGUCAAUUUAAAUUGUUCUAAUAAUGUAGUUUACUCAUUGUAAAUGUUUAUUCAAAUUAUAAUGUAAUGUUAAUUUAAAUUGUCUCGAAAAAUGAGCCGAGAAAAUAAUUCACUUUUCUUUCGGCUCUCACUGAAAAGCUUAUCAAUCGGCUCAACUUUUAGAAUUGUUUCUUUUUCCAAAUGUUGUUCAUAUGGAAAACAAUCAACUGUUCAGUUGAUUAAUUUAAUUUCUAUUCUUUUCUAUAUUUUCACUUUAAUUCUCAACAAUCACGAUGACCUUACAACAACCCUUAUUAGAACCAAUUAGAGAGAAAUCUCUGACCAGUAAAUACAUCGAAAUAACUUUGGUUGUUGCUCUUUACUGGAUUGUCUCAAUUUCCAUGGUUUUUAUUAACAAACAUAUUCUAAGUGAUAAAUCGGUUAAUUUUGACGCUCCUCUAUUUAUUACCUUCUAUCAGUGUUUAUGUACAAUUAUAUUCUGUCUAAUUUGUAAUUGUAUUGGACAUUUGCGACCCUCAUGGAUCCACUGGCUUGGUUUUCCCAAAUUACACCUUCGACCAGCGGUUAUAAGAAAAGUGUUCCCUUUAUCAAUUGUCUUUGUUGGUAUGAUCACAAUGAACAAUUUAUGUCUUAAAUAUGUUGGUGUUGCUUUCUAUUUUGUUGGACGUUCAUUAACAACCGUAUUCAAUGUAAUACUUACGUAUUUUAUUCUUAAAGAGAUCACCUCAAUCAAAGCAAUUCUAUGUUGUAUUAUAAUCAUAAUUGGUUUUAUCAUUGGUGUUGAUCAAGAAUCACUUCAAGGAUCGUUAACAAUUACUGGUAUUUUUUUCGGUAUUGCUGCUAGUUUUUUUGUCUCUCUAAAUUCAAUAUUCACCAAAAGUGUCCUACCCGCUGUUGAUGGUAACAUUUGGCUUCUCAAUUUUUACAAUAAUGUUAACGCUCUCAUCCUGUUUACUAUUUUAAUCACAAUUAACGGAGAGCUACCAGUUAUCUAUGGUUAUCAAAAUUUAACUAGUCUUCAAUUCUGGUCAAUGAUGACUCUAAGUGGAUUAUUAGCUGUUUCCAUUGGCUUUGUAACUGGUCUACAGAUUAAAGUUACUUCACCUUUGACCCAUAAUAUCUCGGGAACGGCAAAAGCUUGUGCACAAACGGUACUCGCUUGUAUUUGGUAUCAUGAAGAGAAAUCAUUCAUUUGGUGGUUUAGUAAUUUAUUGGUCAUCUUUGGUUCUGCUGCUUAUACCCGAGUGAAACAGUUAGAGAUGAGUUUAAAACACUCAUUGAAAAGACAGCCCAGUGAACCUUAGAGAUCACUUUUUUAUCCCCUUCAACUUGUCAGCUAAUUUUUUUGCAACUAAUUUAUAUGUUCAACGAUUUGAUUUUUCAUCAAUAUUGUAAAAGUUAAAUUUAUUUAUUCCAAUUCUGAGCAAAUAUCUUACAAUUGUGAUAAUAGGAUUAUUUCCUCUGAGAAAUUAAUCUAAACCAGGAAAUCCAAGUACAAGUGAUAAAAUUUUAUCAACAAAGAUAUUUAAUUUAA